AUGGCGAAGAUAUCCUUCAAGGGAGGGGACAAUGCGCCUCGACCCGAGAGGGAUGUGUCGAAGCCCGUGAAAAGGCAGCGGUGGGCGACCAUCCGGAAGUCCGCCGACGCAGGUCAUCACAAGAGACGGUCUAUACUAAAUCGAGUGCCUGGCAUACAUCUCUCCCCGUACGAAGAAAAGCCUGGACAGGACGGCAAAAAUGACCAUGGCCACAUCACGGAGGAUAGCCCUAUGGGCCAGCAGCAGGAUGUUCCCGAGCAGGAGGGUCGCAACAUCUACAUGAAUCUGGCAUUGCCCGAGUCAGAAAAGGACGAGAAUGGCCACAAUCGCCAACAGUAUCCCACGAACAAGAUCCGAACGGCAAAGUACACGCCCUUGAGCUUUGUGCCGAAGAACCUCUACUUCCAAUUCCACAACAUCGCCAACAUAUACUUUCUUUUUAUUGUAAUCCUGAGUAUCUUCUCGAUAUUUGGAGCCUCAAAUCCUGGGCUCAACGCCGUACCGCUCAUUUUCAUUUUGACUGUCACGUCGAUAAAGGACGCCGUAGAAGACUGGAGACGGACGGUCCUUGACAGGGAGCUAAACAACUCGCCAGUGUAUCGGCUUGUGGGCUGGGCGAACAACAACAUCUCGGCCGAAGAUAUCUCAGCAUGGAGGAGAUUGAAGAAGGCCUGCACCCACGCGGUCAUAAUGACGUACCGAUCCUGCAAAGGGCUUCGAAAACGCAAGUCAAGCUCGGAGAAGGAUGCUGAGAUUGGCCCCGAUCACCGCCCGUCAAUAGCGCCGACCGUGCGCGAUUCAUUCUAUACCGAGCGCACAUCCUUCCACUCUACACGCGAGGACCAAGGCGACGACAUUGCGAUGACGCCUGUGCCCUCCCCACGUAUACAGCCCACCGAUCCGAAUGAUGGACGUCUGACGCCAGGCGAUCCCCCGCAUAGUGCUCUGUCCUUCGAGACCGCCAAUGAAGCAAACAACCGCGCGUCCGGCGCGAGUUCGUCGAAGCGACUUCCUGACAAGGCGCAGCGAAAAAGCCAACUUGGACCCACGAAAGAUUUUGGGAACGUAAUAAACCCGCACCGACAAGCGAAUAACGAAGCACGAUUCAAGAGAGAUUACUGGAAAAGCGUUCAGGUUGGCGACUACGUUCGCAUAUACAACGACGAGCCGAUCCCGGCAGACAUCGUGGUUCUGGCGACUUCAGAUCCAGAUGGUGCGUGCUACAUUGAGACGAAGAAUCUGGAUGGCGAAACCAAUCUCAAAGUACGACAAGCUUUACAGGGCACACGUAAAGUGAGGCAUGCGCGAGAUUGCGAGCAAGCUGAGUUCUGGAUCGAAAGCGAGGGCCCGAAUCCCAAUCUGUAUAACUAUAACGCCGUCAUGCGCUUCCAUCAGCGUGAUCUGAAAGACCCCAAUGCGCCGCCUCGAUUGAUCAGCGAGCCGAUCGGCAUCAACAAUCUGCUUCUGAGAGGAUGCAGCAUCAAGAAUACGGAGUGGGCUCUGGGCGUCGUUGUGUUCACUGGGCAGCAGACCAAGAUCAUGCUCAAUUCGGGCAUCACCCCCAGCAAACGUGCACAGUUGGCUAAGGACCUGAACUGGAACGUCAUCUACAACUUCAUCAUUCUGUUUUUCAUGUGUUUGGUAUCUGGUAUCGUGCAAGGCGUCAUCUGGUCCAACGGUGGCAACACUGCGAGAUACUUCGAAUUCGGGUCCAUUGGCGGCACUCCGGCUCUGGAUGGCUUCGUUACAUUCUGGUCAGCUGUCAUUCUGUUCCAGAAUUUGGUGCCGAUUUCCCUAUACAUCACCUUGGAGAUCAUCCGCUCGUUGCAGGCGUUCUUCAUCUAUUCGGACACGUUCAUGUACUACGAGAAGCUUGACUAUCCCUGCACGCCCAAGAGUUGGAACAUCUCCGACGACUUGGGCCAGAUCGAGUACAUCUUCUCAGACAAGACCGGCACAUUGACACAGAACGUCAUGGAGUUCAAGAAAUGCACCGUCAACGGUGUCGCGUACGGUGAGGCGUACACAGAGGCCGAGGCAGGCAUGAGACGUCGUCAAGGCGUUGACGUGGAUGCUGAGCAACAGCAAGUCCGCGCUCACAUUGCUGAGGCCAGAGUUGAGAUGCUCCAAGCAAUUCGGAAGACACACGACAAUCCGUACUUGCACGAUGAGGACUUGACCUUUAUUGCACCCGAGUUUAUCCAUGAUCUGAACGGCAGAUCUGGGCCUGAGCAAGCGAAACUCAACGAGGACUUCAUGGUAGCUCUCGCUCUGUGCCAUACCGUUAUCACCGAGACCACUCCGGGCGAUCCGCCGCGGAUCGAAUUCAAGGCUCAGUCACCUGAUGAAGCCGCUCUAGUCGCAACUGCUCGCGAUUGCGGCUUCACGGUGCUGGGACGAUCCAAUGAUGACCUGCAUCUUAAUGUAUUGGGCGAAGAUCGUACGUAUCGGAUUUUGAACACACUCGAGUUCAACUCAACCAGAAAGCGCAUGAGUGCCAUCGUCAGGAUGCCAGACGGGCGAAUUCAAUUGUUCUGCAAAGGAGCCGACAGCAUGAUCUACUCUCGUCUCGCCAAGGGUCUCCAACAAGAGCUCCGCAAGUCUACGGCAGAGAACCUGGAGAUGUUUGCUCGCGAAGGUCUUCGUACCCUCUGCGUGGCUGUACGUGAUGUUGAUGAAGCUUACUACAAAGAAUGGAGUCAAGAGCAUGACUUCGCUGCGCAGUCUCUACAGGAUCGCGACGACCGACUAGAGGAGGUCGCCGACCGCAUCGAGCGUGAGCUGAUGCUCAUUGGCGGUACAGCCAUUGAGGACCGACUCCAAGAUGGUGUUCCUGACACGAUUGCGUUACUUGGCCAAGCCGGCAUCAAAUUGUGGGUGUUGACGGGCGACAAGGUCGAGACAGCAAUCAACAUCGGCUUCUCGUGCAACCUGCUUUCUAAUGAAAUGCAGCUCAUUCUCUUCGACCUACCGGAUGCCACUGUUGAGGACGCAAGCAGUUUAUUGGACAAGCACCUGCAAGACUUUGGGUUGACUGGAUCGGAUGAAGAGCUUGCGGCUGCUCGUCUCAACCACGAGCCUCCCGACCCAACGCAUGCUCUCAUCAUUGAUGGUGAAUCCCUGAAAUUGGUUUUGUCCGAUGAACUCAGGCAGCGCUUCUUGCUGCUUUGCAAGCAGUGCCGCUCUGUCUUGUGCUGCAGAGUCAGCCCUGCCCAAAAGGCCGCUGUUGUCUCAUUGGUCAAGAACGGUCUGAACAUCAUGGCUCUGUCGAUUGGCGACGGCGCGAACGAUGUUGCUAUGAUUCAAGAAGCAGACGUUGGCGUCGGUAUCGCUGGUGAAGAAGGCCGGCAGGCCGUCAUGUCGUCUGAUUACGCUAUCGGACAGUUCCGAUACCUCCAACGUCUGGUCCUCGUUCAUGGUCGUUGGGACUACCGACGUCUGUCAGAGACUAUUGCAAACUUCUUCUACAAGAACAUCGUUUGGACAUUCGCUCUGUUCUGGUAUCAAAUAUACACAAACUUCGACAUCACCUACUUGUACGACUACACCUACAUUCUGUUGGUCAACCUCAUCUUUACGUCAGUGCCCGUCGGUCUCAUGGGUGUUCUGGAUCAAGAUGUCAGUGAUAAAGUAGCUCUCGCUGUGCCUCAGCUCUAUCGACGUGGUAUCGAACGCCUGGAGUUCACACAGAAGAAAUUUUGGCUCUACAUGUUCGAUGGGCUGUAUCAAUCAGCGAUAUGCUUCUUCCUUGCUUAUCUGCUAUUCGAGCCUGCCACCUUUGUCACUGAAAAUGGCAAGAAUCUCAACGACCGACAACGGAUGGGCGUGUACUCGGCUUGCGUAUCGAUUGCUGUGAUCAACUCAUACGUCCUGCUGAAUACGUACAAGUGGGACUGGAUCAUGGGAAUCGUCGUCGCCAUUACUAUCCUGUCCAUUUGGUUCUGGACCGGUGUGUGGACGUCGUUCACGGCCAGUUUCCAAUUCUACAAGGGCGGUGCAGAAGUGUAUGGUCAACUGACAUUCUGGGCUUUGAGCUUGCUCAUUUGGGUAACAUGCCUGCUUCCUCGCUUCGCCAUCAAGUUUUUCCAAAAGAAUUAUCGACCAUACGACAUCGACGUUAUUCGCGAGCAGGUGCGACAGGGCAAGUUCGAUUACUUGGAUCAAUACGAUGCUUAUGUGCCACCGAAAGUCGAGUCCACGAACAGUUCUUCUGAGCAAACGGAGGUUGCGCCAGCGCCAGAUCACUCCCGGCAGAUGAGCAUGACUGAGUCUCAACGACCAAUCUACCCACCGUCGGAGGCUCCGACCUACCAGACGAAGCCGCCUCAUAGCCAGACCGGUAGUGACGGCACAGACAGGACCAAGCCGUCUUUCGACCUGCGGCUGAGCGUACCAGAGGGCGGACCAGCACCCGGGGGUCCACCCCAACAUCUGGAGACACAUUCAGAGUCACCAGGACCUUCGCCCAUUGAUCGGGUGAAACACCAGCAUACCAAAAGUCGACCGUCGCUGGAUAGAGUCAGGUCAUCGUUCGAGCGAUCGCGGCAUUCUUUUGAGAGGGGGAGGUCGAGUUUUGAAGCGAGUAGGGACUUCACUUCGGCAGCGCUGCUCACAAGGAUGGAGUCGUCGCAUUCAGCGGCGCACUCGCAUGGGAGUCCGCUGACUCCGACGCCGACUGCGAGCCGGCGGCAUGAUAUCACGGACGAGAUGCGGUGA